ACAACAACUGUCAGAUCUGUCUAACGAAAAAUGACGUAAAUAGUAGUACAACAAAAAUAAUUUAAUUGAAUAAAUCGUGUAUUGAUUAUUGUUAUAAGGUUUUAGUGAAUAAGAUCAACAUGUUUUGCUGUUUGAAAAGUUGCAUGAAUGGCUUCACCCUAACACCUAGUGUACCAAUAAGAAUAAAAGAAAAUCCAGUUCAAUUGGAUACAUUACACAUGGGUCAUGAGAUGGUGAUAAUUAAAGGUGGGCAGCGAGUCUGUGGUUCCGGCUGUGCAUUGGGAAACGCUCCUCUGAUGCAGAGCAAGUCUUACUUUGAGAUGAAGCUGCAGCAAGGCGGUGUGUGGGCAGUAGGUGUGGCCACCAGGGACACAGACCUCAAUAGGGUUCAUGGUGGAAUGGACAAAGAGUCAUGGUGUCUGAACAGCGACGGCACAGUCCGACAUUCCAACAUAGAACUAUACCACUUAGCUCCAGCGCCCCGAGAGUCUCCUACAGCCGACCUACUAGUGUCCACAGAGUCUCCUACUCAUGAGAAUGAGAAGCCGGAGAGUGAGAAGCAAGCAAACACAGCGGCCAUCAUGCCGGUAGAGGGCGACACUAUCGGAGUCGCCUACGACCAUGUAGAACUGAACUUCUUCUUGAAUGGGAAGAAUAUGGAGAUUCCUGUUAGUAAUAUUAGAGGAACUGUUUAUCCGGCGCUCUAUGUGGACGACGGCGCCAUUUUGGACGUGAUUUUCGAGAACUUUCUGUACCCUCCGCCGUCAGGGUUCGAGAAGAUCAUGGUGGAGCAGUCGCUGCUCUAACACGAGACAGAAACGAAACGGAUUGUGUAUACGGACACCGUUGUAUGUGCUAAUGUGAAUACUGCUUAAGACUUACAUCUGAGACUGUUUAGUGUGGCUGAACUAUAUUUUUAAAUACUGAAUCUUUUAUCUUAAAGUCUGUUAAGACUCGCUAUGUAUAAUUUCACUUCUUGAAAAUUUUGUUUUUAGGCCAUCCAGGUAGCAUUAGGCCUUUUGUACCGGGCGCCGAGACGAGACGAGUUUGUUCUCCAAAGUCUGUGCAUAAUAACUGGCCUAUAAUUCUGCUUAGAUAUAUAGUGGUUUAGCAGAACAGUUGCGAAUAAGUACAAACCAUAUUCAGGGUACCAAAGUCUAUAAAAUUGUAUGCAUUCAAUCAAAUCAACUUAGGGUCGAGUUUUCAAUCACCAGUUAACUUCUAUCAGAGGAAUAAAUAUGGCCGUUUGAGAUAUUUUCUAUACAAAACCUGUCAAAACAUCAAACAUAUUUGUCAGAUAAAAGGUAUCUGGUGAUUGAAGAAUCGGCCCUUAGAAAAUGGGUACUUAAAUAUAGGUUACAGGUUUUUAUGAAAUGAGCUAGAUAACAAAUUUCCCAACGUGUUCAAUAUUUCUCAACUUAUGAAUACCUCUACAUAUUUAUUACUUAAAUAAAACGAAAAUUUUCGGGAUAUUAUCAUCAAUAAGCUAGAUGAUUCGAUAAUAUGGAAGUUAAUUAUCUACUUAAAUCAUGAAGCUUAUAAAAUACAUUUGAAAGGUAUUUUAUCUUUAGUUAAAUAAAAAAGCGUAAUAAACAUAAAUUGAAUGGAAUCGACUAAUAUUAUAAACUUUAGUUUUCGAAAUGUUAAAAAGAUAGUGUCGAGUGUUUUCUCAAUCUAUAUGUGGCAAUAGGCCCUUCGGUGAACAAUAAAAAACAACGUGUACCCUAUCUACCUACAUCUAUUUAUGUAUAUUCAGUAUUCUAACGGAAGUACGACUUAAUUUGGAUAACAAUAAGGUUCAAAGUUGCCUGUCUUUUCUUGCGAGUGUUAACAAACAUUUAAGGCUUUAAAACUAUCUUAUCUCACGUACAUAGUAUUAUAUUGUGAUCGAGGAUAACUCCAUAUUUAUUAGGUAUUUUUAGCCAUAAAUAGAUCUGCUUUGGCUAUUUUAAGUUAUCAAAUAAGCGUGUUAAGUAUAAUUUUCUUUGUUAUCAGAUAAAACAGAUACUCUGCACAAGUUUUAGUUUCAUUGACGUAAUAAUUCAAAUGGUGGUUUUUCCAACGUAGUGUUCAGGACAAACCAACCCGAUAACGAUGCCGUAAAAUAUUUUUUAUGAUUCAGUUUACAUAUGUAACAUAGUAUGUAGAUUCGAAAUUAUUUCUGACGAUAAAGACUAUGUAUGUGUUUUCCAAUAUUUCUUCAUUUAAAAUUAUAAAUGAGUAUGAAUUUAAAUGCAAAUUUAGCUAGUCAAAUCUGUUAGAAAAUCCAGUCUCAAUGUUUUUUUAAUAGCAACACUAACACAUUCUUUCAGUGUUGAUUAUCGUGAAUAUAAAUGCAUUCCAAAUUUUGUAUGUAUGUGUAUUGAAUCCGAGACAAAAUUGAUCUCUUUAUUUUAAAAUGUAUUUAUGGUACUAAUAUUUAAGGGAGAUAAUUUAUUGCUUGAUUGACGCUUAAGUAAGCCUGUAAAGAAAACAUAUCGGACUUCGUAUUCAAGAACGUGGACUUUGAGUGCAAAUGUGACCUAUGAACGUAUAUGUAUACUUUGCUCUGUUUAAACGUGCGUAUACCUGCAUUGCUGGUUUUAAAUAUAUUAUAUUAUGUAUGUCUAAGAAAAAUACGUUGACUGUCCAAUUUUGAAAUAUUCCCCUGCCCUUCUAAAUUAACAACACUAGAUAACUUAGGACUUUUAUUUUCAUGCGCAAAAACUGUAUUGAAUGUAUGACGGUGCAUUUUAUACUACAUGUUUCCAGUUAUGUGUGGAUUAGAAUGAGCAUUAAAUUUAAAUGUUAUUCUAAAGUUUGAGUCGGCUUGUCAAUGUUUUAGAUAUUGUACGAUAUAAUCAUGCUUCUGAGCGCAAGCAAAUAUGGACCUUAAUGUCUUGAAUGUAAAGUUUGAUGUUAAAUGUCACUUUUACCAAAUUGACAAUAAUACUGCCGUCCUUUUCAGGCAGUCCUUGAAAAUGUAAAAAAAGCUCAAGUAAAUAAAAAGAACAUAUUUUCGUACUCAAUUCAAAAACAUAUUUUUUUUCUUGUCUCUUCUUAUCAAGGGGAACUAAUAAAACCGUUACUGAUUGUACAACUCACGUGACUUAUCAAAAACGUAAUUAAAAUGAAAUUUAAGUACAUUCGGACCAUAUGUAACAUCGAUUUCGCUUCGAAGUAUCAUAAUGAUAUGUAGGUCUACGGGAGCACAUUUCUGAACCCGGGCCUUUACGCCGAGUACCUGUAUACUGUCGUAAUGGUAUGAGUUAGUACGAGGCUUGAAUCAGAAAUAUAAUAUGUUAGAAAUGUGGGCCCAAAAUCUUCUUUUAAUGUGUAUUUCUCGGUUGCAUCAAAAUAGUGGAAUAUAAGUAGGAUGUAUCAACAUUUUAAACUUUAUUUUGAGAACGCUGAAGUCGACAUUUCCUUUGUCAACCCUAAAAAAAGUUUGAAAUAAACUCAGGGGUCGUAGUCUAUUUAAACUCCAGGCAAAGACGCAAGUUGCUAAUUUCUGUCAGUUAAAAUAUUUAAUUUAACAAAAGUACACGCAAAAUGCUUGUUCUAUUUCUAAUAUCAUCUGAACACUUUUAUCAAUAUUCAAUUAUUUGUAUCUUAAAUCUAUUCUAAACAUUUUCUAUAAAUAUCGUAUAGAUAUAUAUUUUUGUAUGUGACAAGCAAUUCGCGUGUACUUUUUCUGGCAAAAGAUAAUUUUAUAUAUUUUGAAGUAUGUCAUAUACGUAAUCUAUGUUGCGUUAAUAUAUUAUUUAAAGGGAGAUUAAAGGUUUUUUUUUAAUACUAUGAUGCAAUAACAAGGAUUUAUGCGUGUACUUCGAAGCCGCUUUUUAAAAAACAAAAACAUUAUGUUCUUAUUAUUUCAAGGAUGUAGACAACAUACUGCUGUUUAAUUUAUGAUUGAAAAUGUAAAUAAUCUUAAUAACAAUGUAUUUUAGAAUCUGUGUUGCCCAUCUAAAAUUGAUAGAAUCUAAUCGAACGAUCAGCCGUCGUACUGGCCCAUUCUCAACUGCACAAUACACAUACUGUAAUUUAUUAUAUGUAUGACUCAAUAAAUUCCGUGGACUUUGAUACGAAAUUUACUUUGUUAUAUUAUGUAGAAAUGUUAUCAUUGCAGUGAUUCCAAUUUUUCCAUUUUUCCGACAAGUCUCAAGCAAAAACGUUUUCAGUAGUAGGGUAUGGGCCCAAAUUUGAAAACAGCCCUUUUAAUCCUGAAAAAACUAUAUUUUUAAUUGUAUCUGUAAUAAUUGUAUUAACUAUCAUGUAUGUAUGUAUAAUAUACAAAUUAUAGGAACAAUUGUCUGUAUGUUUAAUGGCAUUGUGAUAAAAAGCAGGAAUAAAUAUGAAUGCCAA